AACCGAAGGAAUCGAAAGCGACAGAGCAAGCGGAACACUUCGAUCUCUACCGCGGAGCCAGAAACACCCAUCCCUCCCUCCGAUCGAAUCAUCUCAUCUCUUCCCAAACGUGGUCGUGCUGCUGCUCCUGCUGGUUCUUCCGGUCGACCAAUUCGAAGUUUGCCAAAACGGUUCAAAGAGCCUUCACCCUCUCCCUCACCGAGUAUUUCGUCCCUUUCCACCAUUGAUUCCAUUGCUCCAUCUGGAGGAUUCAAUUCUGCUCUUGAGCAAUCUUCCGAGCCACCGACCAUCUCGUUCGAGGGUUCAUCGGUCUUCGACCCGGCUACUGCCUAUCACCCACUAGCUGGUCUGGAGCAGACCCUUAUGCCAUUUGACCUGGACGUCCCCCUGGAUCAAGCCUUGCUGCAGGGCCUUGAAGGGAUGCAGUUCCCGGCAUUCGACCCUGCGGAGCUUGGCGACAUGUUGCAGCAAGCGCUUGACGACCCGACUCUCUUGUCCAGCCCUACGUUCACCUCCCCCUCUACCACUUCUCCUGUACCGGAUGAAGCUACCAAGGAGGCGAUUGACAAUAUGACUGGACCUGAGCUCUGCGCCAUGCUUGAAGGAUGGCUAUCUCAAUCCCACAUCACUUCCAAUUCGACUCCCGAAGUCGAGGACAUGACUCAGCCGGUCCAUGGUCUCGCUGAUGUCGAUAUCGACUCGUCAUUCGAGCAGUCCAUGCCUAGGUCCAUCUGGUCUGGCUCGUCUACACCUGAGAAGCAUCAGAAUCAACCACCAUUUGAGAUGAUACCAUCGCCAUACCCUGAGAUGACGAUUUACCCCAACAUUAUGCCUCAGCAGAACAUCCAAUAUCACCAGUACGCUCAGCCCCUUCCACCGGUUCCUGUACAUCAAGCUUGGAUACCCAAUGUUUUGCCUUUCGACAGCGGUGAAGCGUACUACUCUGGAGGAGGAUACAUGAUGGAUGGUCAGGGAUACAGCCAGCCUCGGGUCAUGGAUCAGAACGUGAUAUUGAGUCAGGGCUAGCGUCGCUUGGCGGGAGGUAUGCGUCUCAUUAGACAGAGUAGUGGUAGCUGGAAGCGCGGAGGAGCUGCACUGUUUAUACCCUCUUGCUUCGUGUCGUUUCGUCUUGGUCUCCUUGUAUAUCCCAUAAUAAAUACCGCUGGACAUAGUUCGGCAUGAGCUUGUCCCAGCCAUCUGCCUGCAUGUAACGAAUGGCUAUUGCUGCCGUCUGCG